GUUGUUUUCGUCAUGGUCACCGUUCGAAAUGUAACAAUCCGGUUGUACACUCCAGGUAACCGUAUACUUCACAAGCUCCGAGUCCCCCCUCCCUGACGUUGUCACUUUGGUAGAGGCCGCUUUGACUUUUUUUUUCACGCCGAGCGGAGCAAGAUGGCGGCUGUACUGCCGAGGACGAGGUGUAGUAGCCGCUCGGCAUGAACAUUUAUUUUUGAAAUAAAUUGAUUAAAAUCAAACGGAAAUAUUUGAAAGUCGGACUACAAGGGGCGUGCACUACUUCACUCCAUUACAAUAAUCGACAUUUUGUAUAUUGUCUUAAGAUUAUUUUUCUGACAACAUGAUCACAUUGUAGUAGCUAGCUCACUAAACUAGCAAGCAUAGCCAGCCUACCACCGUAGCAAACGCAGGAGAAAGUGUAGAAUGGGAGAAAAGCUAGAACUCAAGCUGAAGUCGCCGGUUGGAGCCGAAGCUGCUGGCUAUCCGUGGCCGUUACCAGUAUACGACAAACACCACGAUGCUGCUCAUGAAAUCAUUGAGACCAUUCGGUGGGUGUGUGAGGAGAUCCCAGACCUUAAGCUGGCCAUGGAGAACUAUGUCCUCAUCGACUACGACACCAAGAGCUUCGAGAGUAUGCAGAGACUUUGUGACAAAUACAAUAGAGCCAUCGACAGCAUCCACCAGCUGUGGAAAGGAACAACUCCGCCCCUGAAGUUGAACAAGCGGCCGUCCAAUGGGCUGCUCAGACACAUCCUGCAGCAGGUGUAUAACCACUCGGUCACGGACCCCGAGAAGCUCAACAACUAUGAGCCCUUCUCCCCCGAGGUGUACGGCGAGACCUCCUUUGACCUGGUGGCCCAGAUCAUCAACGAGAUGGAGAUGAUGGAGGAUGACACCUUCGUAGACCUCGGCAGCGGGGUGGGACAAGUGGUGCUGCAGGUUGCCGCAGCAACGAACUGUAAACACUACUUUGGUGUGGAGAAGGCAGACAUUCCAGCCACUUAUGCUGAGUCUAUGGAUAAAGAAUUUAAGAGGUGGAUGAAGUGGUAUGGGAAGAAACACGGGGACUACACGCUGGAGAGGGGGGAUUUCCUGUCUGAAGUGUGGAAGGACAGGAUCGCCAACACAAGCAGUGUUAUUUUUGUGAACAACUUUGCCUUUGGUCCAGAAGUGGAUCACCAGCUGAAGGAGCGCUUUGCUAACAUGAAGGAAGGUGCGAAAAUUGUAUCAUCAAAACCUUUUGCACCUCUAAAUUUUCGAAUCAACAGUCGAAACUUGAGUGACAUUGGCACAAUAAUGAGAGUCGUUGAGCUGUCUCCGUUGAGGGGUUCAGUGUCCUGGACAGGGAAGCCAGUUUCCUACUACCUGCAUACAAUAGACCGCACCAUACUUGAAAACUAUUUUCAUAGUCUCAAAAAUCCUAAACUCAGGGAGGAGCAAGAAGCAGCUAGGCGUCGACAAGAAAAGAAUAGUAAAGACAAUAAGAAUACCACCCCAACCAAGGCAAAGGAGCACAAGGAUUCCUGCGGGGAGGAUGAGCAACCGGGGCUAUUGGCAGUCGUGAAGGCGUCACCCAAACCCCGCCGCGCCAAACUCCUCAGCAAAGGCCGCAAGCUGAGCGCUCGGAAGCGCGGGCGUCCCAAGAAGGCUGCCGUGACCACAGCCGAAUGCAAGAGCAAGAAGAGCCAGAGUGCCCUGGAGCUGCUGCACGCCAAGACCAUCUCUGCAGCACCCCCCCAGGAUGCAUACAGGUCACCUCAAAGUCCCUUCUACCAGCUACCUCCCAAAGUUCAGCACUAUGCGUCUGGGCAACUGCUGCUGGGCCCCACUCCUCCUGGCCUACAACAGCUUCUAGACAACAUUAAAGUUCAGUACCUCCAGUUCAUGACCUACAUGAAGACACCUCAGUACCGCAAUCACCUGCAGCAAGUCCUGGAGCAGGAGAAGCUAAAACACAGAGAGCUCUCUGGGCAGGCGGAGCAGCUGCAGACUGUGUGUCAGACCCAUAAAGAGAAGAUCAAAGGCCUCUUCCACACCAAACUGGAUGAGCUGGGAGUGAAGGCCCUAACUGUGGAGGACCUGCUGCAGGCCCAGAAGGAGAUCUCAGCCCACAACCAUCAGCUGAAGGAGCAGACCAAGCAGCUGGAGAGAGACAUGAUUGAGCUGAGGGACCACAGCCUGUUCCUGUUGAAGUCUCGGUGUGAAGAGCUAACGCUGGACUGGAGCUCUCUGUGUCUUGAGAGUCUGCUGAAGGAGAAGCAGGCCCUACGUAGACAGAUCUCUGAAAAACAGCGGCACUGUCUCGAGCUACAGAUCAGCAUCGUGGAGCUGGAGAAGAGUCAGAGACAACAGGAGCUGCUCCAGCUCAAGUCCUACAGUCCCUGUGAGGGUUCCCCUUACCGAAAGGGCCUCCCUCGCCCUACCCUGGACCACGACACCCCCAAACUGAGCCUGGUCGUGGCCGGCCUCAGCCCCGAGCUGUCCAUCAAUGGCACCGCCUCGCCCUGCUUCGACAGGAGGGGCACCAAGGGAGAGCUCCUCUCCCGCUACCUGCCCAUCUCGCCUGACCACGAGAUCGUGCCCCCCACCCCGGACGCCCGGCACAGGCAGCUGGGUCACCCCCUCCCUGACUACACCCGCUUCUCCCCAGCCAAGAUCGCCCUGCGCAGACACCUGAACCAGGACUCUAGUACUGCACACUUCAGAGGCUUGGGCUUCACUGGUCUCAGGGGGGAUAUGGGCGCCAUCACCUCUCCACUAGGCGCUAAACUGAGCUGCCUGUCUCCCAACUCAUCAGACAGUCAGCAGAACAACACACCCAGGAGUGCUGAGAGGGGGGGUAAGGAGAAGAGUCCAGCAGGGGGUCAGGGUGACGCCAUCACCAGCCUGCCCAUCAGUAUCCCCCUCAGCACGGUGCACCCCAGCAAACUCCCCGUUAGCAUCCCCCUGGCCAGUGUGGUGCUGCCCAGCCGAGCAGAGAGACUGAGGAGCACACCGAGCCCUGUGUCCCAGACAGGCCAGACCAACGGGUACUCCUCUAGCUUAGGGCUGAUGAACGGAGGCUCUCACUCUGAGGACCAGGAUGGGGCUGCCCCCUCCCCUCCCCCUCACGGUGCCCCUCCAAUGGGACCAACACAAGGCCACAGCCCCCCCCUCAGCACCGGAGGGGUCCUCCAGUAUGCUGACGGCACCCCCAGAAACCUCCCUGAGGACGGGGCCGAGCGCCAGGGCGAGUCUGACUCGGAGCCCCAGGACAGCGAGUCCAGACGCCGCAUGUUCUUCUCUUCUUCCUCUUCGUCGUCUUCCUCCUCCUCUGGGGGCGCCGCAUCUCGCCUCCGCCUCGGCUCGGCCAGACAGAGCCAGCAUCACCUAGGUAGCCACAGUAACCACAACAACCACCACCACUCGCCGGGCUCCCAGCACACAAACUCUCACGGCCAUGGGUCUCAGGAGGAACGCAAGCGUGGGAGGAGGAAGCGCAGCUCAACGGGGGCUCAACCUGCCAGUGGCUCCCCAAAGAGGAAGUCCUUUCCUGGGCUCAGCUCCACCAAUCACCCAUCAGGAUCCCCACUCAACAUCAACUCCAUGGUGAACAACAUUAACCAGCCUCUGGAGAUCGCUGCCAUCUCUUCCCCGGAGCAGUCUGGAUGUAGCCCCUGUGGUCCAGACAUGGACCAGCCCCCCGUAUUGAAGCGAGAACGCCCUCUGGAGAUGAAUGGCUCAGGACGCUACUCCUCCGCACCCAGCUCUGAUGACGACUCUGGCUACCCCGCUGACAGCUCCAGCUCAAGAAUUGAAAGGAAGAUUGCCACUAUUUCCUUGGAGAGCCGAGAUGGGCCAGGCAGAUCAGGGGACAGGGAGCGCGGAAGGAAGUCAGGAGGCAGCAGCAGUAACAGCACAGGAAGUGAGGUCUCCUCAUCAUCUUCCUCCUCAUCCAACAGCAAGUGGAAAUCCACCUUCUCCCCCAUCUCCGACCUCAAGCAGCCCCUGUCCGAGGUGAGGCAAGGGGGCUCCCCCUUUGGCACAGGGAGAGAGCCGCGGGGCACGGGUACGGACUCAGACUCUGAUCACAAACCGCAGCAGCAGAGGAGGGGGGGCGAGGGGGCCGGGGGUGAGCCCUCAGGGUUUCAGGACAUCCCCCUUAACCCCUUCCUUAGCCAGGAGUCUGGGGGCCGGCCGGGGGCAGGGGCCCAUGGAGGAAGCAGCUCUGAGAGGCAGGCCAUGCCCAAACAGAAGCCACGGGGUGAGUGGGAGCUGAAGACAUCCAGCAGCAUAGGCAACAGCCAGAACCUCUUCAUCUCUGCAGCCGUCAGCGGGGGUAUCCUGAGCGGCAAGGUGGGGGGCAGCCCUGUAUCUUCAGCCUCAGGGGCCUCUGUGGGACAUUACCUGGGGGCCCAGUUCCCCCUUGGGGGAGCCUCUGUCCUCCAGUCCCUGUUCGGAACCCAGACGCCCGGAACCUCGGUGAGCGGGGCCCCGCGCCUGGUCAACGGACACUCUUCCCUGGGGAGCUUCUCCAGCGCUGGGCUGGCAGGCAUGUUUCACCACGUGGUGCCCUCAGUGUCCUCCCAUCAGUUUGGGGCUGCGCUGCCAGCCUCAGGAAGCCUCAGCUCUCUGCUCAGUCUCUCCUCCUCCCAGCAGCACCAACACCCCACCCCCCAGUCAGGCUCCUCCUUCCUGGCCUCUGUAUCCUCCUCCCUCCCCCUACCCCUCUACCAUUCCCAGCACAGCCGCACCCAAACAGUGCUGCACACCCCUCCACCCCCCACGCUCUCCUUGCCCCCUCCACCACCAUAUCUCAACGUCUCCUCAUCCUCGGUAUCGUCCUCUGACCCCAGUCCCUCGUCUUGCUCUGAGGCCUUCCCCUCUUCCCUCCAGCAACAGAGAGCACAGUCCUCCUCUCUCUCGGUCUCCUCCUCCUCUGCUUCUGUCUCCCCCUCUUCACCUUCCUCUCGUAGCUUCACAGUGCACUACCCCCCUCAUCUGCCCCCUCCAACCCAGGCCAGUAGCUCAGGAGGUGGGGUCAGCAUGUGGAGGACUCUGGGCUUGCCUGCUUCCUACACGUCGUCCUCUCAGCACCCUGGCUCCCGGCCUAGAUAGGGCAUAGGGUGAGGGGCGGGUGGGGCAUGUUGUAGGGGGGGUGUGGGUCAAUCAGAGAGAUAAGAGGGAGAGACACAGACAACCUGGUUUUCCUGUUCUUCCAAAGCUGCUAUUCAGUUCUAACAAGGUAACUGAAGAAUAUCUACCUCAACCCAACGUAACCUAUGCAAAUGGACAGGUGUGGACCAAUGGACUCUACUAUCUCACUGGUGCUCCUAAGCCUGCUAAACCGCCACUGUACUGGGACUCAACACACACACACACACACACACUGCUUCGGCAACUCACGCUGACACACACUGGCAGCAUGGCGUCCUGAGCAGAGUUGAGCGGUCACGGGGGUGUUUGUGUUGUGAGUUGAGGCUAAUAGUAAUCACUGGGUUGUGUUCAUCCCAUCCUUAAUGAAUUGGCAUGCUGCCUACUCUUAACAUUAUAGUGACACAUGAAACGCACUGUUUCCAUGGCAGUAAAGGUACAUCACUGUCACCAUGUAACGUGGUGCUAAUAAGAUUCACUAAAUAUACAUAGUUAUUUGUUAAAGACUCAAUUCACACAUUUGACUACAGAAGAAGUCAGUCAGCAGUGUAGUUUUACAUAUCACUGAUGCUGUUAUAUUUGUAAAGGCAGACAGUGUGUACAGUGGGAGAUUCGUGUGGGUCUGUCAUCCUAGUAGACCGCACUCUCCUCUUUGUUCUGUCAUUAUCUGACUACCGGGUGCUAUAUUAGACUUCACCCUCCACGCACACCAUCACACACACGCUAGACCAGUCUAACCCAGCUCUGAUCAGGACUAGGGACCAUGCAGCUGUGCCUCACUGCAUCUCUAGCACCCUGCUACCUAACCUUGAACCCUGAUCAUUUGUUCAGUGAAUUAAAUAUAAUUUGAGCACAUUAGCUUUUGGCUACAGUAUAAAACAGGGGGAAGCUGUUGGUUCAAAUGCACUGGGUAAAAUAUCUGUGUACCCUGUUACAAUGUCCCUGGUGCAGGGACAGCACUAUAGUCAGCUGUCAGCCCAGAGUAAAAAGUUCUUAGUUAUAUUGGUGUAAUUAUGGUCCUUGUCAAGUCAAAGGAUCAUUUAUAUGAAUAACGUUCGUGUCUGGAAAUUAAAUAGUAGGCCCCGAGGUUCUCAUUCACUUAAGUGCUGCCGGCUGAGCUGUGCGUCAACAUGUAUGAUGUGAACAGCAGAAGGACUGGAGGAUAGAAAGCGGAAACAGGAUUUAGUUACUGAGACAGUCCGUUUAUAGUCACUACUUAUAGAGCCAGCUGGAGUGCUAGAGCGUAGGGACCCGCAACGCUAUGUGCAUUCUUCACAAGUAGGAAUCUCAACUACUCUUAAUCUAAGCUUCUUUGUUAUGUUUUUUUUAUCCCUGCCGAAACACUGAUAUGAUGAUGAAAAUGCAGGUGUAAUUUUGGGACUCAAAUGUUGUUUGUGUUGUAUUCAGGCAAGUCUCUGGAGUCAUAUCUCACUGAGUUCACAGGGUUGGGUAGAAAUGCUGUCUGUACGUGUCACCUGUUGUCCACUAACACUGUAGUGGCGCUUUCUGCAGCCACUUCAACCUGCACACACUGAUAUACAAACACCGCUCACACACUGAUAUACAAACACCGCUCACACACUGAUAUACAAACACCGCUCACACACUGAUAUACAAACACCGCUCACACACUGAUAUACAAACACCGCUCACACACUGAUAUACAAACACCGCUCACACACUGGGAAAUGCAUGACUAACAACUACUGGGCCAUUUUCACAGCUUUUGAUUGGAUUUGAUUUUUCAUUUUUGUAAACAGUAUUGUACUGUGAAUAAGAGACAUUCUCUGACUGUAUAAUUGUGUAUAAUUUAGAUUAUUAUAUUUAUGCUGUCAAGUUUCUCCAUUUUGUAAAGUUUUGUUUUUGUUUUCCUGAAACAUGUGUAACAGUGUAGAACGCAAUAGGUUUAAGUGUGUACUUGACUCAGUCUGAAAUCAAUGGUGCUACAAUCUGUAUAACUCUGUACUGUGCCUAAUAUUAUUUAUACAAUAUUAAGAACAUCAAUAACUGUCAAUACUUGGUGCUUGUUCACAGUGACAUUUUAAAUGCUAUUUUCUGGCAUUCUUUCUCAUAUUUAAAAUGUAAUUAUCCAAUUGAAUUGUUUUAAGCCUAGUGUACAACUGUAGUCACUGCACGAUUUGAUAAAGCUGUCUUCAACCUACGGCUGACUCUAGAGUUAUGAAAACAGGUAAAGCUCUCAUUAGAUGUGAUUUUUCACAGUAUUUUUGGCAUACUGCGAAACACCCUUUUGCUUUCAGAAACUUGCAAAUUGUUCAGGACUAUUUGUAAAUGCAUGUGACGCUGUGUUUUGUACAUAUACGUUUGUGUUAAGAAUGGUGUGUAGGUGAAUAAGAAAUGCCUAGAUUGAUUUGGGGUAUUAUAUUUGUAUGUUUUUUUUUCUUUUGGUGCUGAUGUGUGACCCACAUCUACAGCCUGUCAAACAGGUUGGGCCCAAGGGUAACAGCAGUGCAGAGUUGUUAAACCAGGGCCUUAAUAGAGUGAGUGAAACACCAUGACUGUUCAGUGUCAAUGAGGGCAUGCCAGUCACAUGGCACCAUCUCCUCUGAUAUACACAGAGAAACUCUAUGCUUCUACUAUUAUGUGGUUAACACAUACAGAGGGAGAGAUUUGUACUGCAACUAGACUGUCUUGAUUUGUUCUGGAUUGUAAUCAGAUUUACUUCAUGCUUUUUAAAGAGAAACUUCUACUCUGUGAAACAACAUGCCUUUCAGUCAUUGUAAAAACUAUUUUAAACUAGAAAAGAGAAGGUGCUGUUUCAACCAUAAACUGAUUUCAGAUAAGGUUCUGGGUGCAUCCAAAAGCCAAAUCUCAUCUUUCACUUCUGCCUGUCCUGGGAUAUGGCUUAAAGCCGCCUCCUUCCCAUAGUAUGAGCAUAAUACAGCUGUCGUAAUUACAAGUUCAUUGUUCCAAUAUAACUGGUAGUAGAAUAACUCGUAUGUGUUACGUGGGUUUGCAACAACCAGGCUCCAUUUUGAUCUGAUUAUCAUUUGUCAGUCCUUACUAAUUGAGGAUGUGAAGCAGGAUAUUCAUUUAUCUUCAUUGUUUUGUUUGUUUCAUCUGUGUCCUUGAGGAGAAAUAAGACAUCACAGCUUUAUAGUCACAAUGUUGUCCAGUAGACAACAGUACUUUGCAAUCAGGAAUGAGGACAAUGAUUUGCUCAUGUCAGUCAUGACCAGAGAAGCUAGUCCCCUGUUAUCAGCACUGACAGGUAUUUUGUAAUUACUGUUAUUGUUGAUGUUUUCAUAGUUUUUUUUAUUGUUUGAUAUAAUUGCAGUUGGUAUCAAUGAUGCUUUUAUUAUGACAUAAGAUUCAGAUCAAAUUGGAAUACUCUUAGACAGACAGUACGGUGCUCUCCUACACUUAAAACAAGGAAAAUGCAGCUAUUGAUUAAAUACACUUCCUCUCCUGUUGUGCUAGAGGAGGGAAAGGUUUAAUAAACUUCAACACAAGCUCGCUUGUUGACUUAUUAUUAAUGUCCCAUCUGAAAAUAUACUUCCUAGUUGGCUGGAGUGGCAAUGUGUGUGGGAGAGAGAAUAAUAUUGUGUAGUGAAUAUUGUUACUUCAGGUUUGAACAGUUCAAUGUACCCCAUUUUAAAUACGUCCCCUAAAGAAGUACACAUGAUCUCUGGCAAAUUUGGAUACAUAUUUAAUACCGUAGUGCAGUAUACUGCUCUAUUAACUUUACAGGUAAGACUGUUUCACAUAACAAGACUCUGAAUCCUGCCAAAGGUCUCUCAGGAACAUAGCAGAUAUCUUGAAGCGAUAUAACACUACUGUAUACGUCACACUUAUCUAUAAACUGUGACUUCAUUAUUUCUUUCCCUAACUCAGGACCAGGGACCUCUUAUAUUUUGAUGUAACUUGAAAAUUCAUAUUGGUGCUUGGAGUUGACAGACUUCCUCGAAGAUGUAUGUUUGUCUCCUCAAUUUCUCACUGUCGCACACAUCCAGCCACUCCAGCAAAAGAUUGCAGCUUUGUGUUCGACUGGUCUGACAAUGUCGUGGAAAAUCCUCUUCUUACACUCUCACAAAUGCCUCGUCUCACUCCCUCUCUCUGAAAAGGAAUUAAUGUCCUUUUUUUAAGUGUUGUGAUCCCUACAUAGGGAGAAUGCUGUGUAGUUGGACUGAAUUUUAACUCCACAUGUGGAUCAGUAGAACUAAGGGCAGGUUUGAGGUGCAAUAACAGCAAACCUACUUUCCAAAACGCCUUGGGCUGUCAUGGGAACUCUUGUUUGGUGUUGGUGCUAUUAUCUUAGAUGUUUAAUGACAAAUUGAAAUUUGUUUCUGUUUUUUUGCCUUUUUAUGAUAAUUAUUAAUAAAAUGGUUUCUUAUAAAGUA